AUGAUUUAUCAAGACGGAGAAGCAUUGUUCUGCAAGAACAACGUUUGUGUCCACCCACCAAGCUUGAUGCGCCAGCACUGCGAAGUGAUUCAUCACCCGGGCUACAUGACUGUCGUGUGUAAGCUGGACAAAAACACCAAUUUGCCGAGCCUCCAGCUGAGCUGGAUCCCCAACAGCACCCUCUGCAAGCACCCGACAACUCUGGAGAACAUCACUGCUAAAAAAAUCCAGGGAAAGAUUCAACUAACUGAAGAUUCAACUAACUCUGAUAAAAUAGACGUGUGUCUGGAAGUUAAGGAACCGCUGGACUGCAAGGACUGCGAGCGGAUCUGCUCCGGAGGGACGAAUACGACUCAGUUCUCCAAGGAAGACUCUGCAGAUGGAGAAAAACCGACUAAAGAAAGUAAGGCGCUCACUGAGGAGCCUCGUAGUAUUAAUUUAAGUAAUUUAAGGUCCCGCUCGGUCGAUCACGAGUCUCUGAUUGAUGGAAUCAACGGAAUUGAGCCCAAGAGCAUCAGCAGUAUUUCCCUUAAUUCCUGCUGCAGUCUCUCCAACUCGCUGGACAAUCAAGAUGUUCCUAACUGGAUGCGCACACCCGAGCUCCUGGCGCUACAGCACAAUUUGACCUUUCCGGAAAGCACCACCGCGUCCCCGAUUGCCAUGAGGAGAGCGCUACAGUGCAGGAGAUUUUCUGUGGACUUGAGCCAGAUGAGGAGCUUGAGGCUCUUCUUUGCUGAUCCUGCCUGCACUAGUGGACAGUUGGUUGUUGCUAGCAGGGAGACCCGGGAUGAAUUGCACCCAGAAGAAGGACAAGUACCAAUGAUAACUUCAUUAACCUGGAAGGACUUGUUGAAUGAACGGGGUCAAGUCGAAGACGAUUUGAGUUUGCGCAAAGGAAUAUUCUUCGGUGGACUGGAACCGGCGCUCAGAAAAAUAGUAUGGCCUUUUUUACUUCACUGUUACUCUUACCAAAGUACUUUCGAAGAUCGCGAGCAGAUCGACGAGAUCCGCAGGCAGGAAUAUGCAGAAAUAGAGAAAAUUCGGAGCUCCAUGAACCCUGAGCAGGCCGAACUGUUUUGGAGAAACGUCGUUUGCAUUGUCGAGAAAGAUGUUGUUCGUACUGACCGCGCGAAUCCCUAUUACGCGGGUGAAAAUAAUCCUAAUAUACAAGUUAUGAAAAAUAUUUUACUCAACUAUGCUGUCUAUAAUGCUCAACUUGGAUACACUCAAGGGAUGUCGGAUUUGUUGGCACCAUUGCUUGCUGAAUUGAAUUCUGAAAUUGACGCUUUUUGGUGCUUUGCUGGUCUUAUGCAGCGGUCUGUCGCUGUUUGUACGCCUACUGAUACUGAUAUGGAUAAAAAUUUGUGUUAUCUUCGCGAAUUGAUUAGGAUUAUUGUGCCUGAUUUUUACGCGCACUUGGAAAAACAUACUGAUGCUCUUGAACUUCUUUUUUGUCAUCGUUGGAUUUUAUUGUGCCUAAAAAGAGAAUUUCCAACGGAGAUGGCUCUAAUAAUGUGGGAAGCAUGCUGGGUUAAUUAUCUAACAGAUUACUUUCACCUAUUCCUCUGCCUGGCGAUAAUCUGUAUCUACGCCGACGACGUAAUAGCCCAAGAUUUACGUACUGACGAAAUGCUGCUCCACUUUAGCUCCCUGGCAAUGUACAUGGACGGGAACGUGAUACUACGCAAAGCCAGGGGAUUACUUUAUCAGUUUCGACAACUGGAUCGGUUACCAUGCACCUUGGCUGGUCUCUGCCGUCAAUGCGGCCCGGUCGCCGGAGCCACGAGGCCCGAAAUCCAGGGUAUACAAAUCAUCAAGAUGAGCAAAAGAGAAAGCACCCGUAAUGGCUAG